CGUGACGUCACCUGCCGGCGCUGGGGGCCGAGCGCCGCAGUGCGGGGUGAAGCGAGGCCGGGCCGGGCCUGUGCGUACCUGUGAGGUCGCGCCAUGGUGCGCUUCGGGCUGACCAUCGUCCGGCAUGGAGAAACAAGAUACAACAAAGACAAGAUACUGCAAGGUCAAGGUGUGGAUGAGCCUCUCUCUGCAACUGGUUUCAGACAAGCAGAUGCUGCUGGUUUGUUUCUCAGUAAUGUGAAGUUUACUCAUGUCUUUUCAAGUGACCUCCUUCGAGCAAAGCAGACUGCUGCCACAAUUCUAGGAAAAAAUAAGUUUUGCAAAGAUUUGGAAAUCAAGUGUGAUGCAAGACUUCGAGAGAGAAAAUACGGUGUUGCAGAAGGAAGGCCUUUGGCUGACCUCAAGGCUAUGGCAAAGGCUGCUGGAGAGCAGUGUCCUUCAUUCACGCCUUCUGGAGGAGAAACACUGGAUGAAGUAAAAGAACGUGCAAGGGAUUUCUUUGAAUUUCUGUGUCAGCUAGCUGUUGAAUUGGAACAGAAGGAGCAAGAUGUCCAUGGUGCUGCAAGCAGAAACUCAAGAACAUCUGAAGAGCAGUUUGUUUUCCCUUGGACGAACCAUUGCAGUGAAGCAGAACUUAGCUGUGAUAACGGUGGAGUUUCAAAAAUACUAGAUGCCAAUAUAUUAGUGGUGAGUCAUGGAGCCUACAUGAGGAACUGGAUUGGUUAUUUUGUUUCACAUCUCAACUGUACUUUGCCAUCAGAUUUAACAAAGUCUCAGUUGUCUUCUGUCAGUCCCAACACAGGAGUUAGUCACUUUGUUAUAAAACUCGAAAAUGGAAAUUUGUUAAAACCUGAAAUCACAUGUGUUUGUCUAAAUCAAGAUUCUCACUUAGUAGAUGUGGGAGCUGAAUGUGUAGCUCAAAAAGUCUUUUAAGAGGGUUUGUAGGUGGAAGUGGUUCUAGAUCAUAGCUAUCCUGUGCUUGGAAAAGGUAUCUGUAGUAAGUACUGAGAUUGACAGGAGUUACUGACAUUAAACUUCAAAAAUGAAGACAUGCAACUGCUUACUGUCUUAAAAUAACAUGAUUUGCAUGGUCCUAGUGCCCGAUAUAAGUUGGCACUUGAGAAAUUACACAAAUGUUCUUUAUGAACAGAAACUUAAUACUUAGUCACUUGUCUAUCUACACUUACAGAAACUUAAUUAGUCCAUAAUUGGUUUUCUCCAUGUAAAAGAGUUGGGGAGGGGAAAGGAACGGUACCUCAAAGAUGAACUAUACUGUAUUAUUGUUUUAUUACAAUAUGCUAUAUUGUAAUAUUAAACAUAUAUUGUCUUAAAAUAACUUUUUUUUGAAUGCAAUAGUAUAACAUAAAAAGUUAUAGUGGAAAAGGUUUGGUACAGAAUAAGGGACAUGUUCCUGGCUCUGAUGCUAAGUAGCUGUGAGACUCUGGGCAAAUCUCUCUUCCAUUUGUGAAGUGGGGAUGAUGAUAUACCUACCUCGCAGGAGGGUUUUGUAAGAAACCAUUAGGGUUGUUUGACCUCUGUUGAAGAGCACUGUAUAUGAACAUAAAGUAUUUAUUUUUAACUGUAAACAGGAUGCGGAGCCUCAUGUGAACAUAGUUGACAUAACGGGCUCUCUUCUGAAAAGGACCCUUAUCAUACCUGACGGGAAUCCUUUUGUCAAUUGUAAUCAGGCACUUGAUGGAUGAGUAGUUUUGCCUAGAAUUAGGCAAGUUUGAUUGCUGGAUGACUGUAGUUGCUUUAGUACUGCAUUCUUUCCCCACUGGGGUGUUUGGAGUGUGACUGUCUGAUUUAUGUUACUUAUGUCAACAUACUUUUUCUUCAUUUGCGCAUUUUA